CUCUCUUAUCCACCUCAAUUCAAUCCCCCUCUCGAUAGAAAUCCCACGCAACCUCCAGGGGACCAUCCGCCCAGAAAAACCCUUCAAAAUGGUCGACAUCGUUCCUCUAUCCUCGUACCCCUCGUACAUCGACCUCCUCCCCUCCAUCCAGACCUGCAACAUCACCAACCUGCCCGAGAACUACUUCCUGAAAUACUACCUCUACCAUGCCCUGACCUGGCCCCAGCUGAGCUUCGUGGCCGUCGUGCGUCCCAAGAACGGCUACUCGAAGCGCGCCGGCCACGGCGCCGGCGCCGCGGGCUCUGGAGAGGCAUACCCCAAGGUGGUGGGGUACGUGCUGGCCAAGAUGGAGGAGGAGCCGACGGACGGCAUGCAGCAUGGGCAUAUCACCAGUCUGAGUGUGAUGAGGACGCAUCGGAGAUUGGGCAUUGCGGAGAGACUGAUGAGGAUGAGCCAACGCGCCAUGGCGGAGUCGCACCGCGCCCACUACGUCUCCCUGCACGUCCGUGUUUCAAACAACGCCGCCCUCCGCUUGUACCGCGAUACGCUGGGAUUCCAGGUCGAGAACGUCGAGAGCAAGUACUACGCCGACGGGGAGGACGCCUACGCGAUGCGCAUGGACCUGACGAAUAUGUGGAUGGACUGGAAGGAGGUCGAGCGCCAGGAUCGGUUGCGCCAUCAGAGCGACGAGAAGGAUGCGGACGAGGGCGACGACGUCGGCGAGCUGGGCAAGAAAGAGUCUGAGAAGGAGAAGGAGAAGAUGGUUAAGGUGAAGGUCGGUCGGGGCCUCGGCGUCGGUGAUUUGGUUGAGAAGAACGAAUCGCAGGCUCAGACGGCGGGAUCUUAAAGGGUAAAAAAAGGAAUCUUAACCCUCUUUCUCACUCUCACUCUCACUCUCCCUACCCUCUUCUAUUAUGUCUCUUUUUUUACGACAUCAUGAGAUAUAUAUACACCUUUAAAAACUUCAAAUCCUCUAUAGACAGACGGUCUGGAAUGG